UUUUACACACACACACUUAUAAACAUGUCUGACUUUAAAGCUGAACCACUUUUCAAGCAAAUCGAGGAGGGCCUCGCUGGUAUGGAUGACAAGGAAAAGAAGGACAUCCAAAAGAAGACCAACGGUGUCUUCGAGAUGCACAUCAAGAACUCCGGCGGUAAGGAAUUGGUUUACACAAUCGAUUUGAAGAAGAACGCAGUCGCUUACCAAGGACCCGUCAAGCAAGGCACAAAGGCUGACGUUACCAUCAACACAACCGAUGACGUCUUUGUUGAUAUGGCCGAUGGAAAACUUAACGGUCAAAAAGCUUUCAUGUCCGGUAAACUCAAGGUUAAGGGUAACAUCAUGUUGGCUACCAAGCUUGACGGUGUUCUCAAGGCCCAAAAGGCUAAGCUCUAAACGAGUUGCAGAUCAAUUUCAUCCGCUGCACUUUAGGAU